CGCAAAACGGCAACUAAGCGCGUUGGCGUUGACGUUACGGCACAAAUCCGAAACAUACCAAAGAGACAUAAAUAAGGGAAGUGUAUUGAUUGUUAGGAAUGAAGAAUUUGCUGUCGAUGGGUAAGAACAAAGGAUAGCUUUCCUUAUUUACGCACGCCAUUCAAUAUCCGUGUUUCCCUCUUUUCUGUUUUUGGUCCGUUUUCCCAUAUUUAAACAAACAUAACCAUAAACCCUUCAUCUCAUCCCAAACCUCUGUAUAAAUCUAUGGUCUCCGUCUCUUCCUGCUUCACUCUUGUUUCCCUGUCUCUAACCGAAACACAGGUUAGAGUUUUUGUGCUGUCUGAUAGAGAGGUAGAGACUGUGAUACGUUAAGAUGCCUGCGGUUGUCGUGAGCGGGGGCACGGCCCCUGAUUUCGAAGCCAAGAUGACGGUCUACGUCUUCGUCUGCGUCAUCAUUUCAGCGGUUGGCGGCUUGAUCUUCGGCUACGACAUCGGGAUCUCGGGAGGAGUGUCGGCCAUGAACGAUUUCUUGAAGGAGUUCUUCCCGGCAGUGUACGAGAAGAAACUACAUGCGCACGAGAACAACUACUGCAAAUAUGACAACCAGUUCCUACAGUUGUUCACUUCCUCUCUGUACCUGGCUGCCCUCGUGGCCAGUUUCGCUGCCUCGGCUGUCUGCUCUAAGCUUGGUCGUAGACCCACCAUGCAGUUCGCUUCCAUCUUCUUCUUGGUUGGGGUUGGCCUCACUGCUGCUGCCAAAAGCCUCGUCAUGCUCAUCUUCGGCCGGGUCUUUCUCGGAUUCGGAGUUGGUUUUGGCAACCAGGCAGUCCCGCUUUUCCUAUCGGAAAUCGCUCCCGCGAAACUCCGAGGAGGCCUUAACAUAUGCUUCCAACUCAUGGUCACAAUCGGAAUCCUCAUCGCCAAUGUAGUGAAUUACUUCACCUCCAAGGUCCAUCCGAACGGAUGGCGAUACGCCCUUGGUGGUGCGGCCGUGCCUGCUGUCAUCCUAGGCCUCGGAUCGCUGGUCAUCUGCGAGACACCAACGAGUCUCAUCGAGCGGAACAAACUGGAAGCUGGGAAAGCCACUCUCAAGAAGAUCAGAGGUGUCGAAAACGUCGAAGAAGAGUUCGAAUCGAUCGUGCAGGCCUGUGAAUUCGCCAGGCAGGUCAAGGACCCUUACAGGAAGCUGAUGAAGCCAGCGAGUCGGCCUCCCUUCGUUAUCGGGAUGUUGCUUCAGCUGUUUCAGCAGUUCACAGGGAUCAACGCCAUCAUGUUCUACGCUCCUGCCCUGUUUCAAACCGUCGGGUUUGGGAACGACGCUGCUUUGCUCUCCGCUGUCAUCACAGGUACGAUCAAUGUCCUCUGCACAUUCGUCGGGAUCUACCUCGUGGACAGAACCGGCCGGCGAGUUCUAUUGCUCGAGUCAGCCGUCCACAUGCUAAUUUCCCAGGCAAUCAUCGGAGUCAUCCUGGCAAAGGACCUGACAAUCUCGGGAACGCUCGGGCGUGCGGAAUCGAUCGUGGUCGUGGUCUGCGUAUUGCUGUUCGUGAUGGGAUUCGCCUGGUCAUGGGGUCCGCUCGGGUGGCUAAUCCCGAGCGAGACAUUCCCGUUAGAGACAAGAACAGCAGGGUUCGCAUGUGCUGUCUCCUGCAACAUGUUCUUCACAUUCCUGAUAGCUCAAGCCUUCCUGUCGAUGCUCUGCAACAUGAGAGCCGGCAUCUUCUUCUUCUUCAGCGGCUGGAUCAUAAUUAUGGGACUUUUCGCCUAUUUCUUCGUCCCCGAGACGAAAGGUGUCCCGAUCGACGCCAUGAGAGAGCGCGUCUGGAAGCCCCACUGGUUCUGGAAAAGGUACAUGCUGCCUGAAGAUGAUCGCAACGACGUUGAGAAGAUCCACGACUGAGGAUUUCUCUGUUUUCUCGUCGUCGUUAAUGGUUCUUCGAGGAUCAACAACUAAUCUCUGGUUUAGAUCAAAGCUCGUACAAGUUAUAAAGGGUCGAUGUGUUGUUGUGUAACGUCCAAUAUACAAACCCGGGAAUGGAACAACGAUAACCCAUUACAUAUUACUCUAAUAAUUUUCCAUUGAGCCUGUAUAAAUAUGCCUUUCCAAAUGUGUUGAGAUGAUAUUGAGUAUC